CCGGAGACCACCAGAUCACCUCUCCCCACGGCCUCGCCAUGGCAACCUAAGGACAGAACUGCGCGCGGCCAAUGUGUAUUCCUCCAUCAUAUGCUGACCUUGGCAAAGCUGCCAGAGAUAUUUUCAACAAAGGAUUUGGUUUUGGGUUGGUGAAACUGGAUGUGAAAACAAAGUCGUGCAGCGGCGUGGAAUUCUCAACAUCUGGUUCAUCUAAUACAGACACUGGUAAAGUUACUGGGACCUUGGAGACCAAAUAUAAAUGGUGUGAGUAUGGUCUGACUUUCACAGAAAAGUGGAACACUGAUAACACUCUGGGAACAGAAAUCGCUAUUGAAGACCAGAUUUGCCAAGGUUUGAAACUGACAUUUGAUACCACCUUUUCACCAAACACAGGAAAGAAAAGUGGUAAAAUCAAGUCUUCUUACAAGAGGGAAUGUAUAAACCUUGGUUGUGAUGUUGACUUUGAUUUUGCUGGACCUGCAAUCCAUGGUUCGGCCGUCUUCGGUUAUGAGGGCUGGCUUGCUGCGUACCAGAUGACCUUUGACAGUGCCAAAUCAAAGCUGACAAGGAAUAACUUUGCAGUGGGCUACAGGACUGGGGACUUCCAGCUACACACUAAUGUCAAUGAUGGUACAGAAUUUGGAGGAUCAAUUUAUCAGAAAGCAAAAGUCAACAACUCUAGUUUAAAUGGAGUGGGCUAUACUCAGACUCUGAGUCCUGGUGUGAAGCUUACACUGUCUGCCCUGGUAGAUGGGAAGAGCAUUAAUGCUGGAGGCCACAAACUUGGGCUUGCCCUGGAAUUGGAGGCUUAAUUCAGCUGAAAGAAACCUCUGGAAAUGGGUAUCAGAAGAUUUGGCCUUAAUAUAUUUCCAGUGUGACCAGCAGGCUUCCCCCCGCACCCCCCGAAGGUGAUCAAAACAAAG